AUGGACACCCCCCCGUCCCCCUGCCUGUCACCAUGGACACCCCCCCGUCCCCCCGUCCCCCUGCCUGUCACCAUGGACACCCCCCGUCCCCCCGUCCCCCUGCCUGUCACCAUGGACACUCCCCGUCCCCCUGCCUGUCACCAUGGACACCCCCCUGUCCCCCCGUCCCCCCUGCCUGUCACCAUGGACACCCCCCCGUCCCCCCGUCCCCGUGCCUGUCACCCCACUGUCCCCCCCGUCCACCCCGUCCCCCUGCCUGUCACCAUGGACACCCCCCGUCCCCCUGCCUGUCACCAUGGACACCCCCCGUCCCCCCGUCCCCCUGCCUGUCACCAUGGACACCCCCCCGUCCCCCCAUCCCCCUGCCUGUCACCAUGGACACCCCCCGUCCCCCUGUCCCCCUGCCUGUCACCAUGGACACCCCCCGUCCCCCCGUCCCCCUGCCUGUCACCAUGGACACCCCCCCGUCCACCCCGUCCCCCUGCCUGUCACCAUGGACACCCCCCCGUUACCCCGUCCCCCUGCCUGUCACCAUGGACACCCCCCGUCCCCCUGCCUGUCACCAUGGACACCCCCCCGUCCACCCCGUCCCCCUGCCUGUCACCAUGGACACCCCCCCGACCACCCCGUCCCCCUGCCUGUCACCAUGGACACCCCCCGUCCCCCCGUCCCCCUGCCUGUCACCAUGGACCCCCCCGUCCCCCCGUCCCCCUGCCUGUCACCAUGGACACUCCCCGUCCCCCUGCCUGUCACCAUGGACACCCCCCCGUCCCCCCGUCCCCCCUGCCUGUCACCAUGGACACCCCCCGUCCCCCCGUCCCCGUGCCUGUCACCCCACUGUCCCCCCGUCCACCCCGUCCCCCUGCCUGUCACCAUGGACACCCCCCGUCCCCCUGCCUGUCACCAUGGACACCCCCCGUCCCCCCGUCCCCCUGCCUGUCACCAUGGACACCCCCCCGUCCCCCCAUCCCCCUGCCUGUCACCAUGGACACCCUCCCGUCCCUGUCCCCCUGCCUGUCACCAUGGACACCCCCCGUCCCCCGUCCCCCUGCCUGUCACCAUGGACACCCCCCGUCCACCCCGUCCCCCUGCCUGUCACCAUGGACACCCCCCGUCCACCCCGUCCCCCUGCCUGUCACCAUGGACACCCCCCGACCACCCCGUCCCCCUGCCUGUCACCAUGGACACCCCCCCGUCCCCCCGUCCCCCUGCCUGUCACCAUGGACACCCCCCCGUCCACCCCGUCCCCCUGCCUCUCACCAUGGACACCCCCCCCAUCCCCCCGUCCCCCUGCCUGCCACCAUGGACACCCCAACACCCCCUGUCCCCUUACCUGUCACCAUGGACACCCCAACACCCCCUGUCCCCCUGCCUGUCACUAUGGACACACCCAACAGCCUCCUGUCCGCCACCAAUGAUACCCCAAAUCCCCCUGUCCCCCUGCCUGUCACUAUGGACACCCCAAACCCCCCUGUCCCCCUGCCUGUCACCAUGGACACACCCAACAGCCUCCUGUUCGCCACCAAUGACACCCCAAACCCCCUGUCCCCCUGCCUGUCACCAUGGACACCCCCCGUUUACCCCGUCCCCCUGCCUGUCACCAUGGACACCCCCCCGUCCCCCCGUCCCCCUGCCUGUCACCAUGGACACCCCCCGUCCACCCCGUCCCCCUGCCUCUCACCAUGGACACCCCCCCGUCCCCCUUUCCCCCUGCCUGCCACCAUGGACACCCCAACAUCCCCUGUCCCCUUACCUGUCACCAUGGACACCCCAAACCCCCUGUCCCCCUGCCUGUCACCAUGGACACACCCAACAGCCUCCUGUCCGCCACCAAUGACACCCCAAACCCCCUGUCCCCCUGCCUGUCACCAUGGACACCCCAAACCCCCCUGUCCCCCUGCCUGUCACCAUGGACACCCCAAACCCCCCUGUCCCACUGCCUGUCACCAUGGACACCCCAAACCCCCCUGGCCCCAGUGCGCCCCUCUGAGAGGGCUGUGUCCCAUGUAUAGUUUGGUCAAUUCAUGUCCAGGCUCUGUGUCUCCCUCCCAGGAGUCACUUUGA